AUGUUUGGACCUGAACAAAUUAAAGAAGUAGAAGAGGCGUUUGGAAAAAACAAUCCACACCCACCGGCUUAUUAUUUGAAAUUGUUGAAACAGUUGUUCUACGAACUUGCACCAAACGCAACAGAAGAACAAAAGAAUAGACUAGAGACACUGUCGAAAAGUGUAAUCAAGUACAAUGUUUUUAUCCACAAAAAGCUAAAUGAGAAUACAGAUAAAACAACUGGCGAGCACGAAAAGGCUGUGACAGAAUGGAGACUCCGUUUUGAGAAAAUAAAGAAACAAGCAGCGAAAGAGAAAAACAAGGUUUACUCCUAUGAGGACCUGGAGAAAGUUAAUACGGAGAUGGAAAACAUGCACACUGAGAUCGCUUUCUGGGACGCUCGCUCUAAGAAAAUGAAAGAAGAAUUAAAAAAACAAGAAGAGGAUCACAAAGCAAAAAUGCUCGAAGACAAACGAAAUUACGAUGCCAAAGUUACCAAAAUGACCUUUGAAAUGUCGGAUUUACAAAUGGAUUUGGCUCUAAAACAGAUCUAA